AUGUCUGGUCUUCUGGGGAGCCGUUCCUGGUGGCUUCCAUCACCGGGAAGCCGAGGGUUCUGCUAUCUUUUUGUGUAUCUUGCAGCUCUAUUCACUCUAACCCCAGUUGUCCACGCUGCCGUCGCUGUCGAACCUGGAGCAUUCGGUCAGUUAUCCCAACUGGCAAAUAAUCCUCCUUUUCCCUUGGCCACAACCAACGAAGACUCUGAGACGUGGUCACCAGUCACGAACUCGAUGCAACUUGGUGAAGGCAAGGAGGAGCAAGACGCCUUGCAAAUGAUGACCUUUAUGAACGACGCGACUAAGACAGACCCAACCUCAACCGAGACUCCAUGUCCCAAGGAAAAGAAGGGGACUACACGUGGCGGUAUCGAAUCUGGGAGUGGUUCCGGGCGCAAAACAUUGCCGUCCAGCUGGUGGGCCCCCUACACGGGGACCGCGCCGUCCGAACCGCAAGCCCACGGGGAGCUCCAGCACCAAGCCACGCUGGGCCAGCCCCCGACCAGCGGCGGGUACGCCCCCGACGUGUCCCCGGACUUUGAUCGCCACCAUUUCGCCGUGUGGGGCCGCGUGGCCGCCAUCGACAAGGACUUGAUCUAUGAUGUCCUCAGUGCCCACCAAGCAGACUUGAUGCUGCUGAUGCUGGGGUUCAACGACAUGGCCUGGUUCCAGAGUGAUGCAUCGGGCACUCUGGACAGUAUCCGUACCCUAGUCAUCAAUGCCCGCGCAGCCAAUCCAAACCUCAAGUUCGCCAUCGCCAAUGUCCCCCAGCGCACCCUAAUCCCGGGUCGAGAGGAUAUUCCGUUUAACACCAAUAUCUAUAAUGCGUUGCUGCGGAAUGCUGUCCCAGAGUGGAGUAGUGCAGGUUCGCCCAUUCAUCUGGUCGAACUGCAGGAGAACUACGACUGUGGACCAGAUGCAUGUCCUGCCGGUUAUGAUGGACUGCAUCCGAAUACUCUGGGAGAGUAUCAGAUCGCUCGCGCGUUCAGCCUUACUCUGGUGAAGGUUUACGGGAUCGGAAACUCUCCGUUGAUCAUUCCUGACAAGAUUCCAGAGAGGCCUCCCCACUUGUCGUUCAGUUUCUAA